CUUCUGGCCAUUAAAACCAAAGCAAGCUGUUAUCAACAAUGGCCGCUAACACCCUCAGCCAUGCCUUCUUCUUCCUUCUACUCUCCAUUGCAGUCCCACUUGUUGCUCGGGGCAGCGACCCUGACAUCACCUCAGACUUCAUCCUCCCACAAAACCUCACCUCGAACCUAAUCGAUGGGAGCUUCUUCACCUUCACCGGCAUGCGGACUCUACUAAAUAGCGAUGAGGUUAAGAACUUUGUAGUGCUCAAAGCAUCCAUGGCCGAGUUCCCAGCCCUCAAUGGGCAGAGCGUAUCCUACGCCGUCCUCCUUUAUCCUCCGGGCGCCGUCAACCCCCCUCACACCCAUCCUCGUGCUUCUGAGCUCUUGUUCCUCGCCGGCGGCUAUCUCGACGUUGGCUUCGUCGACACCGCUAACAAGCUCUACGUUCAGACUCUUCAGCCUGGGGACAUAUUUGUGUUCCCCAAGGGACUGGUGCACUACCAAUAUAACAGUGGAAAAGGCCAGGCAAUCGCCAUCUCCGCCUUCGGCAGUGCCAGUGCCGGGACUGUAUCAGUCCCUGGGAGUUUGUUUGCCACUGGCAUCGAUGACGAGAUCCUCGCAAAAUCCUUCAAGACUGAUGUAGCCACGGUGCAGAAGAUCAAGGCUGGGUUUGCACAGAAAGCCUAAAGCUCGAAGCAGAUAUUUGACGUACAAGGAAUACUACCUACGUUACAAUAUUUGAAGGCUGUACUCAGGGAUUUGCUUCCUGUUUCUUGCCUCCAAUAUUCUUGUUUGAGUUCUCUUUCUAAGAAUCCUGUUGGCUGACCAUUGUUAUUUAUGUUCAAUUACCCUGUUAUUUUUCUACAUGGCAGAAAGCCAUGCAAGCUUCUGAUCUAUUUUUCUAGAGAUCCAUCAGUGG